AGUGCCAUCUGCCCCUCCAGGUCGCCGGAGCCGUCCAGCGCCGGCGAGAGGCGCAGGUCCUGGAGCGCAUCAAGCGCCGUCUGGACCUCCAACUCUGGUGGGUGGUGGUAGACGGCCGGCAACGAGUUCGGGGUCGUCGGGGGAGGGCUCCAUGGCCGGCGGGAUGGCCAUCGAGCGAUGCAGGAUCUGGUGGCCGCGCCAAGAGCUGCAGCUCGAGCAGGGGCCCGAUUCUGCAAGGCUCAUCCUGUUCGGAUGGUUCUUCACCAGCUCCGGCUGUCUCGACAUUGUCGUCUCCGCAGCUGUUCCCCAGGAUCAGAUCCUGCGGUCUUUUGCCACCCUCGACGCUCUCCAGACCAUCGUUCUUUCCUCGAAUAAAAGGAUGCCAGUAAGCCUGCAAGAAUCUUCUACAUUUACCAUUCUUGGGGAUUGUGGCCGACAUUUCCUUGGAGAGCUAGAAGAAUACUGCUGUACUAAACAGUUGCCCUUGGAUGCACAAUUUGUUCGGAAAGAACAUUUUGGCACAAGCAGAAACAGUAUUAGUAUUGGAUCAGUUGGGAAUGGGGAUCAGCAUCCAAUUUACGAUCAUAGAAGAUGGAGAUGUGAUUGUUGUGUGUUAGAUGGUUUUCUGGAUGCUUGCAGAAAGUCUGCAGUCAAAGAGGGUAGCUGGGUGCAGCUCUUUUGCAAAUCUGGAAUGAGCUUUAAGAGCAACCUAAAUCAAACAGUUAUUUGCCAUUUGUAUCUUGAUGGCCAACAGAUUGAAAUCAAUCAUUGCCACGUCAUACUAUAUGAGGUUCCAACCUUUGGCAGAAACCAUUUUUCACUGGGUGUGGAUGCACCUCGUAAGUUGAAGGCUUCUUUCAAAAAGCCAAAUUGGAUAAAUGAUUUGCAAAAGCAACCGUCAUUUCUUGAUUUGGAUUCAAUUCUUUUGGCGCUCAAUUGUUCAAAUGCAGCUAGACUACCGGUCAUUCAGGAAUGCUCUGCCAGCAGCUCUGGGGCUUAUUUUGUCUUUGCAUCUGUAUAUGAUGUCUUAGUUCAAGUGACAUGGCACUGCAUGGGAAUAUUUUUGGCUUCAGCAUCAACUAUUCUCUACAUCAUGAUUCUAGUGUUCCAGAAAUGUUUAAGCCAUAUGUCUCAGUACUUGAUGCUACAUAAGGUUUUCAAACAUUCGUGGAGUAACAUUCAUCUUCGCAGUUGUCAAAUUCUUUACUGGCCAUUUGUCCUCCAAGAUACCUCCCUAAGGUUGCACACUAGACACAACUUAUCAUAUACUCAAGUUCAGAUUACUAAGCUUCACUUUAAUUGUCCUUGGUUCAGCUCCACUAUGAAUGUCGAGUAUGCACACAAAGCUGCAAUUCGGAAGCAUGCUUUGUGGUCAAGUAUCGCUGUGGAUCUCCUGAUGGGUUUUGUCCUUGGAGCAGCAUUUUUAUUAAAUACAGAGACUAUUUGUAUUUGGACUGUUGCUCUUGUCCACCACAUGACAGAUGCGAUCUUGCGAUCUGGUUGUGUGUGGUUGAUGGGUGUUCCAGCUGGCUUUAAGCUGAAUACAGAAUUAGCAGAGCUUUUAGGCAUGAUUUCUCUCAAUGCAAUUCAAAUUUACUCUACCCUUUGGUUCUUCGUGGGAGGCUACCUGAGGCAUAUAAUUCAAGGCAUUGCAUUUUCUGGAAUCAUUUUAGGUCUGACAGCUCCAGUUUCAUUCUUUAUUGAUAUUAUCCAGCUUGCUACAUUGCAUGUUACCAUGCUUCACUGGUUAAUAUCAUCGAUAUAUUCAAGACAGAUUCAGACGGUAGCAUCCUUGUGGCGUCUUUUCAGAGGGCGCAAAUGGAAUCCUCUUAGGCAGAGGUUAGAUAGCUAUGACUACACAGUUGAACAACAUGUGGUUGGUUCCUUGCUGUUUACACCAGUUCUACUUCUUAUACCUACAACUUCUGUAUUCUAUGUAUUCUUCUCUAUCUUGACAACAACUGUUAUCUGGGUGUGUGUGAUGCUGGAAAUUGCAAUCACUGUAAUCCAAUCUACUCCAUAUGCUGAGUUAACUCUAUGGGUGAUGAGGAGGCAAAGAUUUCCUGCUGGAAUAUUUUUCCUUCAUGUGCCAUCAAGUGGACGUGCUUUUGAAGAUGAUGACCUAUCAACCCAUCAAAUCAGAGGUUGCAGUGAAACGAAAACAAAGGAUGCCGUUCAUGGACAAUCAGAAACAUUAGUUUCAGAACUUAACUGCAACUAUGCCACUCUUGUCCAAGUAAUCAGAUCAAAUUAUGAGAGAGUUUUCAACAGGACUGGUUUCUCCUUCUGCAAACAAUUGGCAUACGGGAUCCUUAGUGGUGAAAGGGUACCUUCAUCGUUGCAACUGCAGCCGUCUCCUUCAUUUCCCUGGAUGAACAUUGGCAUUACAGAAUACUGGAUGCAUUGCCAUGGUUCUGUCCUUUCAUGUGCACCGAAGAGGUGACAGAGUGAAGUUUUGCAUUAGCUGCCUGACCCAGUGACAAAUCCAGUUUUGAUUGCCUAACUCAGCAGCAUGAUUUAGAUCAUGUAUGGCUGCAUCUAGAUCUUUUGGCACACAUGACCAGGUUUUGUUGUCCCACCCUGGGUAUCAUCAUCAGUAAUGAUGCCUCACCCUGGGUUAUAUCUUGCAUAUUACUCAGCUUUCAUAUUUUAACUUUCAUGCGUGCAUCAGCUUUUAUACAAUCAUAGUUGUCACAUUUGGGCUGACCCAUGUUUUCAUAUGAUUCAGUGAUAUACUUGUUUUUUAUCAUAAUUUUUUAUUUACAAUUUGGAUUUGCAUACGGAUUCCACCAGUGGAUAUUUUCACACGAAAAAAGAUGUUGAUGAA